AUGUCAUCCAUCCCUCCGAACACGUUCCCUGGGCUCAGCAUGGGCUCUUCUGCGGUGUCUCUUGCUAGCGGUGGAGCCUUGUCUCAUAAUCUCCACGGUUCCCUCUCGUCUUCGAGUUUCUAUGGUGGUCACAACUCUGGUAUCGACGCUCACGAUGACCAGUCGCAUUCUCGCUCGGUGUCAAACUAUUCGCACAUGUCUGGGGGCUACGGUAAUCAGAGCCAGUGGACUCAUGCUCAGCAGGACGCAUAUAUGCAACAGACGCAGCUGAACCUGAUGAACGAGCGCAUCAAGACGCUCGAAGCCCAGCUCAUCGAAGUCAAAGCGCAUCGGGACGCUUACGAGCAGCAGAGGAACUCGAUUCAGUACGUGUAUACCACAUCUACAUACAUGCAUACGUCCAACACACGAUCAGGUCUUGCUUUGACCAGCUUGCCAGUUCCCUGA